AUGGGCUGGCACACCUGGCUACCAGACUCCGGUCGGGCAAGUUCCAACAAGCUGAUUUAUUUCGCAAUUUACCUCUGGAAAUAUGGUGGAAACAAUGCACGCCGCGGCAACCAGCACAACACGAUCCAGUCGAAGUUGUUCAGCGUCAUCUGGUAUCACCGUCGCUAUUGUGGCCUGCAGCUUCGUCGGUCGCCCCAAAUGACCAUCCUGCUCCAAGGCAUCAAGAGGAUGUCCGACCCAGUCCGCAAGAAACAACCCGUUACGCCCGCAUUCCUCCGUCUGCUGCGGCCCUCUCUCAACUUCACGCAGCCGAGGGAUCGCCUUUUGUGGGGCAGUGUCCUUAUCGGGUAUUUCUUUCUGUUGAGGAGAUCUGAAUAUCUCGCCAUCGGCAAGCGGCGAUCAUUCUAUUGUCUCCAGACCAAAGAUGUUUUCUUCGCUGACUCGAAUGGUAACCAAGUCACCGCGUCAAGCGCAAGCGCAAUCACAAUCGGCCUACGAGGAGCCAAGAACGACCAGUAUGGGCGGGGAUCAUGGUGCACCAUGCACCAAUCUGGCGAUCGAUCACUAUGCUCGGUCCGAGCCUUAAAACACAUUCUCCGAGGGCGUCGUGACCUGAAUGCUGUCCAACACAAGUAUCUAUGCGCGGAGCUCGACACGAAAACAGUAGCAACAGCGAUCAAGCGAACGGCACGAAAGGCUGGAGUAUCCGAGUCCAACUACUCGACACGCUCCUUGAGAAGCGGAGGUGCCAGCGCUCUGCUCGCUGGAAAAGCGGAUGGCCUCGCGAUCAAACUACUGGGCCGGUGGAUGUCGCGGUGUUUCGAAGCGUAUCCAGUGCAAUUGGCCAAAUCAACGAGGGACCUCGCCAAGCGAAUGAUCUAG